UGCAGGUCUAGAACAAAGCUAUAGUUGGCAGGUUCGCGGUCGAGGGUUCAGGACCCCAGGGCCUGGACUCGAAAGGAUGGGGAUAUGAGAUGUUGCGGUGCUUAUAAGAUACAGGGAACCGGGAGUUCUCGUGGCUUCGACAUCGUUCUCUACUGAUUUACUUAUUUUCUGCAUCUAUCUGCAUUCUGGUCUGGCUUCUGCCUCUUCCUUCUAUCAUUCUUUCAUUGAAGCAACUCGCUCUUUUAUCGUUCGUUAACUAAACAUAACUUCUCAUAUCCUUCCCCAUCGGAAGAAAGGUCUUCAAGUCUUAAUAAAUAAGUUCUCCAUCAAUCUAUCAUUUACCAUCUUCGAUCGGAACCCCACCGUCGUGUUCAAGUCCACCACUCCUUGUCAGGAAUCACAUCCCGGAACAUAAUAUCAAACGGGUAAAAGCAAUGAAGAUAUCUUACCUCCUCCCCAGGGUCCUCAUCCUCGCCGUUCUAAGCGCGGCUGGUCCGCUGCCAAGAGGCGACGUACACAGACUACUUGAAAGAAGGACUCAGGUAGUGCCGGAUCUAGUUACGAUAAUCCCGGUCCCGGAUCCAACAGCUUCCGAUUUGACAGUUGAGAUAGGAGGGACGGGUACUUUGUCAACGUCGACGGGGGGAACGACGAGUUCGAGUAAAGGGACGGAAGGGUCUGGGGGAAUCACGACGGUGUCAAGUUCGAGUGGUUUUAGUUCCACAGUGUUGAGUGGGGGUGGUUCUGCUACUACGACGAGCGCUCUUACGUCUACGACGGCGAGUCCUGGUAGUCCAGUUGCUACAGAAGAGAGUUCAACAGCGAGUUCAAGUGCCACGACGUCGACCGGGCUGAGUUCGAGCGGCAUUCCUACUACGGCGUCAAGUUUCGGUGACUCUAUCACUACAGAAUCAAGCUCAACGUCGAGUCCAAGUGCUCUUACGUUGACGGCGUCGAGUCCCAGUGGUUUUAUUGCUACAGAAUCGAGUUCAAGCGGCUUCACUACUCCGACGUCAAGUUUCGAUGGUUCUAUUACAACAAAAUCGAGUUCGGGUGACUUCAAAUCCACACCAAGUUCUAGCGGUUCCCCCACUACGACAAGCUCUAGUGUACUGUCCCCGACAGCACAGAGUCCAACUACUCCCAUCGCCACAGUAUCGAGUCCAAGUGCUAGCCCUACAAUAUCCAGCUCUAAUAUCUUUCUACCGCCAUCCGCCGUCGGAAAUAAUGGCACGGCAUUCAGGCCUACACAAUCUCCAAGCUCUCUUACUUCAAUAACCUCAGAUACUUCAAUUCUGUCACCCCAACCGUCACCAAUUCCGACUGAAACAUCAACAGGAAUACUCGGUUCGAACUCUGCCACGAAUCUGAAUACACCUCUGAGUGGUGGAACCAACCCUUUGACAUUAUCAGGGCUCACAUCAUCUCCAAGCGCUUUCUCAGCAUCUGCGUCCACAGGACAAGCUCAACCGCGAAUAAGUGGACUACCAAUUCCGUAUAGCAAUUCCACUACCUCAAAAGCAGCCAGCCAAGUAGCAGGGGGGACGUCUCAAGCUGGACUUAGUUCCUCUACUUCGUCUCUCACGUCGGCGUCUGGCACCACAACCUCCUCCUUCCCCCCUGGAUCGGCUGCUCCAUUCGCCACCUUAUCCAUACCACGCAACACGAGCAGUACCGCUGAUACUACCAGCUCGUCAGUUCCAAUAUUCACACUCGCUAAUACGAAUUCAAUCCCUGAUACGGCCAGUUCGCCAGUCCCCGUAUUCACACUCUCUAACACAAAUACAAUCUCACUACCAACGAUCACUACAUUCUCAUCCACGACAGCAUCAGGCCUUCCGACGGUCUCAUCUCCAACUUCAGUCGCCGCCGCCCCACUCUCACCCCCAGCGGUAUCACCAUUUACUCUUUCAGCGCCGACAUCCAGUCUUCAGACACUCUCACCUCCAAGCGCAGCAGUCACCACAUCCUCCCUCGUCAAAACACCAUCCCCGUCCAGCACCCCAACAACAAUCUCCAGUGACUCCUUUACCGUCACAACAGCGCCCACAAUCCUCCCCGCCAGCCUCGCAACACCAACCUCCAUCACCCCCUCCCAAUACACAGCCAACCUAGCCGAAGCCCAAACCUACAACGCCUUCUUCACAACCCUCAACUUCUCAUCCCCCUGCUCCCCCGGAACUAUCGCUUGCAUUGCCAGCAACGUCGGGAAUUGCAACUCGGCUGGUAGUUUCGUGAUAGAUGUUUGUGCUUCCGGGACAGCGUGUUUCGCUAUGCCGAUGAAUGAUACGAGUGGUGUGGUGGUGGAGUGCACGGAUAAGCAGGUCGCUGCAAGUGUCCUGGGGGGCAAUACAGAGUCUUCUACUGGAGCGGGGUCUACGACUGGUGAGACUGGGAUUUCAACUACUACUGUACAAAUUACAACCUCGACCCCACUAUCCGCUCCAUCAUCCUCGCGCCUCAUCCCCGAGAUAACAACCGAAUCUUCACCCUUAAUAAGAAGCUCCUCGACGACCUUUAUCCUCUCCACCUCCUCCACAUUACCCCCCGCCCCCCUGUCGUCUACAUCCCCCUCCUCCUCUCCACCCACCACAAGUUCCACAACCUCCUCCCCCCAAACCAUAACCUUAACCUACAACCCCGUCAUAACAGCCACCACCACCCACCUCAUAACCCUAUCUUCUUCCCCCUCCUCUUCCUCCUCUUCUUUCCAAGGAAUCUCAAUAAUCCCAGUCACGGCCCCGGCUAACGUGGAUAUGUAUAAUUAUCAAGAUAUGUAUAAUUAUCAAGAUAUGUAUAAUUAUCAAGAUAUGUAUAAUUAUCAAGAUAUGUAUAAUUAUCAAGAUAUGUAUAAUUAUCAAGAUAUGUAUAAUUAUCAAGAUAUGUAUAGGUCUCACAGAAAAAGAAGAGAGAGAGAGAGUAUGUAG